GUAGUAUAUAACCCUAGCUUCCCACCUUCCUCUUUCUAUAGGUGCGGUUUAAUAUUAGGGUUUCCCAGCCGUUCUCAGACCCUCACUCUGUUCCUCACAGCGAAAGGGAAAAAUGGCUCCAAAGAAGGGCGCAAAGCUGCCGGCUGCAGCCAAGAAGAAGGUGGAGAAAGUCGUAAACCCUCUGUUCGAGAAAAGGCCCAAGCAGUUUGGGAUUGGAGGUGCGCUUCCGCCGAAGAAGGAUCUUCACCGCUUUGUGAAAUGGCCGCAAGUUGUGAGAAUUCAGAGAAAAAAGAUGAUCUUGAAGCAGCGAUUGAAGGUUCCUCCGCCGAUUCAUCAGUUCUCCAAAACCCUAGACAAGAACCUCGCAACCAGCCUUUUCAAGAUGCUUCUCAAAUACAGGCCUGAGGAUAGAGCUCAAAAGAAAGAGCGUCUUUUGAAAAGAGCUCAGGCUGAGGCUGAAGGGAAAACUCCUGAGAGUAAGAAGCCUAUUGUGGUGAAAUAUGGCCUCAACCAUGUGACCUAUCUCAUUGAGCAGAACAAAGCCCAAUUGGUUGUGAUUGCCCAUGAUGUGGAUCCUAUUGAGUUAGUUGUGUGGCUCCCUGCACUAUGCAGGAAAAUGGAGAUCCCAUACUGUAUUGUGAAGGGGAAAGCUAGACUAGGGACAAUUGUCCACAAGAAGACUGCCUCAGUUUUAUGCUUGACCUCUGUAAAGAAUGAAGAUAAGUUGGAGUUCAGCAAGAUCCUGGAGGCCAUCAAGGCCAAUUUCAAUGAUAAAUAUGAUGAGACCAGGAAGAAGUGGGGUGGUGGUGUGAUGGGCUCGAAGUCUCAGGCCAAGACAAAGGCUAAAGAGAGGCUCCUCGCUAAGGAAGCUGCCCAGAGGAUGACAUAAGUUCUGAUUAUAUUUGUCUAUUAGUGAUAGAACCUAAUGAGGGGAACUUUUAUGUGCACUUGUUUUAUGCAGGUUCAGAUUAGACAUGAAUUUUGUUUCAUUUGAGAAUUGCCUUUUUGUUGGAAUAUCAGUUGCAAGAGACUAUAUGAAAGUGCAUUUAAGCUGUUGCA